AUGAUCAUCUACCACCUCUCCAACAACCUUCUUGAAUUCGAUACCUACGAGACAUCAACCAUCAAGGCAUUCGUGGAGAAGUUAUUCCAGCAGGCCAUCUGUUGGGCAUGGGAAGAGACCGAAACCCAAGAACAGAGUCUAGCGUUUAUCAAGUGGCUCCUCAGUUCAGGUCAAGACCCCAAUCUCGCAUUUUGGAUACCGUACUUGGAUGAGGUCAUGACCCCUCUCCGAGCGGCGGCAGCAAUGGGCCUCCCCGAGCUGGUUACGCUGCUUCUCACGUCUGGUGCAAAUGACAAAUACGUCGAUCACCUUGGUACAUCAGCCGCUGUACUUGCGAUGGAGUCUACAGUCUCUGAUGACAUUAAGUUGCGCAUUGUGGACGCUCUAUUCAAGGGUGGCAGCCUAGCCAACUGGGAAACGGUCCUUCACGCAGCGAUUCAACAAGGCAACAUGAACUUGGUAAAAGAUGUCUUGGGCCGGGGUCCUGAUGUCACCAAAGCUUUCACAGGCAACAUCUUUCCGGUCUUUAAGAUGAAUGCACUGAGCUUCGCUGUUACGGUCGGUAAGGAUUUUGUCAAGGUGAUCUUGGAUCAUGCGCGAGCUCAGGGUAAUUUGAACACCCAUUUGAUUACGCCAGACGUUUUCAUUGCCGCUGCCGUCAAAGGGGAUGCCAAAACUGUCCGUCAGCUCCAUCAAAUCUACCCUAUUGGUUCUCGUGAAAACCAGCACCGCGUCACUCCUUUGCGAGCAGCAGUAUCAGCCGGUCAACGGAGUACAUGCCAAGUGCUUCUUGAGCUCUACGGCGGAUUGUCACCUGUUCUCCUCUUCCUCGCAGUCUACAACGGCCAUGAAGAUUUACUACGCUUCCUACUUCAGAAAGGGGUCGACGUGAAUGCAACCAUCGAUUGGACUAACUGCGGAGAGUGUGCCCGCCUCUCCGCCUAA